AUGCUGCCUGUCCCGCUGAGUUACUCCAGUUUUUGUGUCUAUAAUGAUUCUGACUGUCUACCUUAUCUAUUCCUCAUGUAACUUUGUAUACUUCUAUCAGGUCUCCUCGUGGCCCCCAGCAUUCCAGCCUGCUUAACUCUCCCUGUAAAUGACAUUGCCUAAUCUGGGCAUCAUUCUGAUCAUUUUUAAAACAUACAAAUAUAUGUUAAUUAAUGUAUGUAUAUUAUGCAGUGUCACUUUUUCUCUAUAAGUUGCUGAUUAAUAUACAGUUAAUAAUGAUGUGUGUUUUUCAAGCACUUACUUUUCAGCUAUUGUCUAUUAAUGUUAAUCGAGGACAAAACAUUUUGAACGAGAUGAACGUUGGAACAACCGUUUUGCUGAAUAGUGUCGGUUUUGCUUUGAGUAUAAACUCGGUUUUCAGUCAGUUGUCAGCUCAUUUCUGUGGUGGGGUUACAGUUUGUCAAAAAGGGAAAGCAAGCUUCUACUAAUGUAAAGCCUGCGUGCAUUUCACUUACAGAGCACAUUGAGCAGGAAGCCGUCUGAGGUUGUUACCACGGAGCAAAAAUGAACCAAACCGUCGCAAGUGGGCCAGCGAACAUAACAGUGGAUGAGUUUGUGAGGCGUUUCCAGCUGUUCGUCAACGUCCCCACGUUUAUUUUGGGCCUGGUUUUCAACGCCUUUGCCCUGUGGAGCCUGUGCUUUCGGUUCAGAAGAAGCAACGUGUCUGUGAUCUACAUGAUGAAUCUGAUUAUGGCGGACAUCCUACUGCUUUUCUCGCUGCCUUUCAAAAUCUACGCGUACCAGACGCCCGAGUGGUCCCUGGGGCCAGCGUUCUGCAUGUUUCUGGAGUGCCUGUACUAUGUGAAUACCUAUGCCAGCAUCCUGAUGACUGUGCUGAUUUGCCUCGAUCGUUACAUCUCCAUCAAACACCCAUUUUUGGCCAGGAGUUUCAGGUCGCCCCGGAAAACAGCCGCUGCCUGCGCCACGGUUUGGAUCGGGGUCUGGUCUUGCAGCGCCUGUAUUUACUUCAUCAAAACCGCCAAGCCCGUUUGCUUUUUCAACCACAACCCGUCCUUCUGGAAAUCACCGGUGGUUUUAAUCCUCCAGUCCCUGUUUGUGCUCUCGGCUCUCGUCAUGGUCUUCUGCUCCGUGCAGAUCGUCAGGGCUCUGCGGAGAAUAAGCGGGGCGAAAGAGGGGUGCAGGGACAACAGCAAGUCCGUCAACAUUGUCCUCUCAAACCUGUCCACUUUCCUGGUCUGUUUCACGCCCUACCACCUGGCAAUGCUGCUGUAUUUCCUGGCGCGGAACUCGCUGAUACCCGCAAAAUACCUGACGACUCUGCGCAACGCGCUGCAGAUCUGCCUAUGUUUGGCAAACAUUAACUGUGUCCUGGAUGCCAUAUAUUACUAUUUUGUAUUCAAAGAGUUUCGGAAGUCCCAUAAACAUUCUCCAACUGACCGAUGAAGGAGCAACAGCAGAGAGCAGUGUACAUGAUAAAUCGGGCAUCAGGGGUUACGGGGAGAAGGCAGGGGUUAGGAAGGAGAGAGGGAUCAACCAUUGUAGAUGCCAUGUGCAUGUACCUUUAAUAUAGUGACCUCACCACUACUAACCACUCCCCAUAUCAGAAGUAUAAUUGCAACCUCCCCACCCAUUGAUCUCUCUAGCUCCGGUGACAGACCACGUACAGCUAGGGCAGCAACGGUUAUGUGAUAUCAAUAAAAGUAGUAAAGACACAGUGUGUUCAUCACUCCACUUUACAACCAUGAUUGAAGGAACUGCAGUAGUGGCUUAAACCGAAGAUAGACACAAAAUGCUGGAGUAACAGCGGGACAGGCGACAUCUCUGGAGUUUCGAGUCAAGACCCUUCUUCUGUCUGAAGAGUGGGGCUCGACCCAAAAUGUCACCCAUUCCUUCUCUCCGGAGAUGUUGCCUGUCCCGCUGAGUUAAGGGAGUGUCCCACUUAGGAGACCUAAACAGCAACCUGUGGUGACCUUGCCCACCACCCAAAAAAAAAAAAUCAAGGUCAAGGUGACCUGCAACCUCCUACCACCUCCCACGCAUAUGUUGAAAACCUUCCUCAACUAUGAAGAAAACCUCCUUCAACUAAAAAAUGAUUGAUUUUUAUCACGGGCAACCUAAUUUUAGUCGAGGCCGGUUUUAAUCAUGAUGAAAAAAUAGCAGCAACCUAGAUGAAGCCUCAACCAUGCGGAAACCACUUUCGACCAUUAGGAAGAGUGACCAAAACCUCCGAUGACCUCAUGGAAACCUUGGGUGGCGGGCAAGGUCACCAGAGGUUGCUCUUUAGCUCUCCUAAGUGGGACAGGCCCUUUACUCCAACAGUUUGUGCCUAUAAUCUGUCAUGAUUGAACGGCGAGUAGACUUGAUGGGCCGAAUGGCUUAAUUCUGUUCCUAUCACUUCUGACCACAGACACAGAGUGCUGGAGUAAAUCAGCGGGUCUGGCAGCAUCUCUGGAGUACACGGAUAGGUGACAUUUCUUCAGAUGGUGUGAAGAAAGGUCCUGACCCAAAACGUCAGCUAUCCUCCGCCUUUCUUUCCCUCUCCCCCAACUCUCAGUCUGAAGGGUCUCGACUCGAAACAUCACCUAUUCCUUAGAGAUGCUGCCCAACCCGCUGAGUUAUUCCAGCACUGUGUGCCUUUCCUUGGUAAACCAGCAUCUGCGGUUCCGUGUCUCUACCGAGAGCAGUACAAGUGCGGGAACAGGCCCUUCAGCCCAUCACAUCUGUGCUGACCUUAAUGGCAUUUUGUUGUCUCUGUACUGUACACUGACAAUGACAAUUAAAAUUGAAUCUGAAUCUGGCGAUUGAAACUGCAUAUCUGCCUUGUCCUGGUCUAUAGCUCUCAAUUCCCUACCUGUUUGUGUGACUGUCCAAAUGAAUUUUAGUAGGGUAUAGUAUAGUAUAGUAUAGUAUAGUAUAUCUUUAUUGUCAUUUUCCUGAGUACUCACAUACCCAGAGGAAACAGAAAAACAUUGCUCAACCAGUGUCCAUUCAGUGUGCAGUAAAAAAUAAAUAGAAAUAAAAAUACAUAUAUCAUCAUGAACAAAUUAAACACUCUACUCUCUACUAAACAUCAACAGGCGUUCCGAUCGGCUGCGGCACAACAGUGGCACUGCUGCAGUGUGUCCAGGUUGGUGGUUGGUGCGCGAUAUUUUGGCAGGGGGCAAAGUCCGUUUUAAACACUGCUAUUGUAUCUGCUCCCCUUACACCCUGGACAAUGGGUUCCAGGCAUUCACCACUUGCCUCCUGUAUCGCCUUUAAACUUUCUCCUUCUCACCUUAAAGCUAUGCCCUCUGGUAUUUGUCAGUUCUACCCUAGGGGAAAAGACUCUGAAUCUUUACCCUAGCUAUGUCUCCCAUUAUUUUAUAAGCUUCUAUCUGGUCUCCUCUCAAGCUCCGGCAAUCGAGCAAAAAACAAAUCCAAUAAUUGAGCCUUAUUCUGAAGUUUUGUUCCCAAGGCUAAAACUGUCACGUAGAGGGCACAGCUAUAAGGUUAGAGGGGGAAAAAACUUAAAGGAGAUUUAAAAGGCAAGUUAUUUUACCCAGAGAUUGAUUAGGACUCUGUUCCAUGAAGCGCAGUGAUCUUAUAAAAAGUGUACAACAUCAUGAGAGGAAUAGAUCGGGUAAAUGGACAGAGCCUCUUGCCCAGAGAAUGGGAAUCAAGAACAGGAUGACAUGGGUUUAAGAUGAGGAGGGAAAGAUUUAAUAGGAACCUGAGGGUUACCAUUUUUACACAAAUGGUCGUGGGUAUAUGGGAUGAGCUGCCAGAGGAGGUAGCUGAGGCAGGUGCUAUCAAAACAUUUAAGAAACAUUCAGACAGAUAGAUGGACAGGAUAGGGUUGGAAGGAUAUGGGCCAAAUGCAGGCAGGUGCGACUCGAGUAGAUGGGACAUGUUGGCCCGUGUGGGCAAGUUGGGACGUUGGGCCUCUUUCCAUGCUCUAUGACUCAAUGAGUGCCUUUGGGAAGGUUUGGAUAGUGUGACUUUCUUUGAUAUGAUUGUGAAUUUGCUGUAUUUUGAUUUUAAUCAUGCUCUUUGAUGUAAAUUAACAUAAAAAAUACUAUGGGUUUUGGAGGAAUAAAAUGGCAAAGUUGUGAAUAGUCAGCAGAUCGGGCAGCAUCUACAGAGAAAGGAACAUGGUUCAUAUUUAGGGACUAAUGUAGAAACAAAGAACUGCAGAUGCUGGUUUCUACCAAAGAUGGACACAAAGUGUGGGAAUAGUUUAACGGGUUAGGAACAUCACUGGAGACAAAGGAUAGGUGACAUUUGGGGUCUGGGCCCUUCUUCAGACACAGUCCGCCUGGCCUACCUACCCACAUGUUUUUGUGAUGUGGGAGGAGACUUGAAAAAUCCUAUAUAGUCACAGGGAGAACGUGGGGACUCCACAUCGACAGCACAGGAGGUUAGGACUGCAGCAAGGUCGUCAGAGCUCUGAGGCGGCUGUUCUAUUAACGGCAUCAAUUAGGUUGUGUAAAAUAAAUAAGAACAGCCCAUGAGCCAUUCCUGUUCCUUCUUUGUCAGGCAGCUUGUUCUACUCCUCGUUUUACCAUUCAUGCUGCAUCCAGUCAGGUAAUUGGCAACUCUGAGAAAGAGAAAGCUGCUAACUAAACCGCUGGAUGACAUGAAGCACAG